AUGGCGUCAGGCAUCCGAAGAGCCGCCCCUCUGGUCUUCCCGGCCACAUCUAAGCACACGGCCACCGUUAUCUUCAUCCAUGGCCUUGGCGACACCGGGCAUGGUUGGGCCAGCGCCGUGGAGAACUGGCGCCGGCGGCAGCGCCUGGAUGAGGUCAAGUUCAUCCUGCCGCAUGCCCCAUCUAUUCCGAUCACCUGCAACUGGGGGAUGAGGAUGCCGGGUUGGUAUGACAUUAAAACUAUUGAUGGUGACGCCGAGUCCCUCCGCAAAGAUGAAGACGAACCCGGCAUCCUGCAGAGCCAAGCAUAUUUUCACGAGUUGAUUCAGAAGGAGAUCGACUCGGGCAUUCCAGCGGACCGCAUCGUCAUCGGCGGCUUCAGCCAGGGCGGUGCCAUGAGCAUCUUCAGCGGCCUGACGGCUAAGGUCAAGCUGGCCGGCAUUGUGGCGUUGUCCUCUUAUUUGUUGCUCAGCCUUAAGUUUUCCGAUCUGGUCCCCAAGCCUGAGUUCAACAAGGAGACGCCAAUCUUUAUGGCCCACGGUGACAAGGACCGCAUUGUCAAUUUCGAACUGGGCAAGAAGUCUUAUGACUUGCUGAAGGGCAUGGGUUACAAUGCCACUUUCAAGGUUUACCCGGGCAUGGAGCACUCGGCUUGUUUGGAGGAGUUGGAUGAUGUUGAGGCCUUCCUGAGGGAAAGACUCCCUCCUCAAGAGAACAACGAGGCCAAAUCUGAGCUGUGA